CGAUGGCGGCGUGAGGCCGGGCCGCGCCGCGGCGGGGGUCGGGGCCGGGGAGCGGCCGCGGGGACGCGCCGGGGCCGGGGCCUCCCGCUCGUCGCCCCAUGUGGCUGCAGCAGCGGCUGAAGGGGCUGCCGGGGCUGCUGUCCAGCAGCUGGGCGCGGCGGCUGCUGCUGCUGCUGGCGCUGCUGCUGGUCGCUUACUGGUACCUGGGGGCGGCGCGGGCGCGGCGGGGAGCGGGGCGGGGGGCCGAGCCCCGCGGGGCCGCCGCCCUUUGCCUUCAGGCGGUCACGGCGGGCUGGCGGGCGCAGACCGAGCGCGGCGAUGCGCUGCCGGUGCCGGAGGAGGAGGAGGCGGGGGGCGGCGGGGGGCGGCUGGCGCUGGCGGGUAACGGCUUCCUGCUGCUGGACGUGGCCGCCGGCCGCCUCUGGGUAUCGGCGGCGGGAGGCGGCGGGGGACCGGCGCUGCCCACCGAGUACCCGGCGCUGGUGCGGCUGAGGGCGCUGGGAGGGCGCGGAGAGGCGCGGGCGGUGCUGGCGGCGUUGCGGGACGGGGCCGUGCGGCGAGUGCGGUGCGUUCAAACCGGAGCCGGGGCGGGCGCCGGGGAUUGCGUGACGGUGCGGGAGGAGGUGGUGGCCCACCGGAGCCGGCCGCAUCUCUACCUGCAGCGCAUCCGCGUUGCCAACCCCACCGAGCGGGUGGCCGCCUUCGAGGCCUCGGCCCCGUCUUCCGCGCCCUCGCUGGGCGGCCGCUUCGCCACCAGCCUGGAGAAGGUGGAGGAGCGGCAGUUCCUGCUCUCCUCCGGUCGCCUGCUGCUGGCCGGCAGCUCCAAGGUGGUGCUUAUGGUGGUGGCUGCCAAGAAGCUCGUCAGCCGGGUGCAGGUGGCACCCAAAUCCCACUUCGACGAAACCAUACUCUCUGUGGUGUACACCUCGGAGCCCAUCGAGGUCUCCAGGCUGGAGGAGACCUUCAGCAAGCUGAGGGAGUCGGCCAAGAAAGAGAUGCUGGAGGUGAUGCAGAUGGGGGUGGAAGAUCUUCUCCAAGAGCACCAGCAGACCUGGUCUGACCUGUUCAUUUCAGGGGUUGAAAUGAGAAAGAUCACAGAUUUACAUACACCAUCCAGUGAGACUGUUAACAUGACCCUCUACUAUGUGCUGUCGAGCAUGCCAGCUCCUCUGCUAGAUCCGCUCAUUAGUGGUGAGGACAGAGAAAAAAUGGAAGCCAGCUUGAACUAUGCUGACCACUGCUUCAGUGGCCAUGCAACCAUGCAUGCAGAGAACCUGUGGCCAGCAAAGCUGACCAGCGUCACCCAGAUCUUGCAACUCUCAGACCUGUGGAAACUAACUCUCCAGAAACGGGGAUGCAAGGGUCUUGUGGCAGCUGGAGUCCAUGGACUUAUGCAGGGAAUGGUGCUUAGUUUUGGGGGUCUGCAGUUCACAGAAAAUCAUCUUCAGUUUCAGGCUGACCCUGAUGUACUUCAUAACAGCUAUUCCUUACGUGGGAUCCAUUACAAUAAGGACUUGAUUAACCUAGCUGUUCUGCUGGAUGCUGAAGGAAAGCCAUUCUUGCAUGUGUCUGUGAAGUUCCAAGACAAGCCAGUUAGACUAUAUGCGUGUGAGGCAGGCUGUAUGAAUGAGCCUGUGGAGCUGACCUCAGAGGCACGAGGUCAUACGUUCCCUGUCAUGGUGACUCAACCCAUCACGCCCCUGCUUUAUAUAUCGACAGAUUUGAUCCACUUGCAGGACUUGAGACACACACUCCAUCUAAAAGCUAUUCUGGCUCACGAGGAACACAUGGCCAAGCAAUAUCCAGGCUUACCCUUCCUGUUCUGGUUCAGCGUGGCCUCGUUAAUCACAUUGUUUCACUUGUUUCUGUUCAAACUCAUCUACAACGAGUAUUGCGGGCCAGGAGCCAAGCCGCUCUUCAGGAGUAAGGUAACUGUCCCUGACACUAUUCUCUGAAAUGCCGAGAAGCUUCACAGCUACACACCAGGGCUGAUGUAACACCUCUUCCUUCUUGGCACUGCAAAAAGCCUUGCAGUGUACAGCAAACAAGUCUGUUGCCUCUUAUUAAUUGGAUCUACUUAAAAUGAAGAUGAUGCAGAACUUGAUUCCAGAAACAGGGAUGAAGUGGAAGCCAGCUGAAGCUCAACAUCUCUGUAGCAGUAAGCAACAUCAAUGGUCUUGAAAUAACACUCUGUUUCAUUAACUGAAUGGGAACAUCCCAGUGUCCAAGUGAACUUAGUCCUGCUUUCAGCCUCCAUUUGCACAAGACAUCUGACAAUUUUGCAGCUGAGAACAAGGACCUUUUGAAAGCAACAAUCCUUUUGUGCCUUGUUAAGAGAGGAAUCUGAGAUUUGAAAGGUGUGGUUAUUCAAAAGUUUAUCCCAGAAGCUUGUGUAACAGAUGUUUCUUUUUCCUUGUAAGCUGUUCAGUUCCCUAAGAGUAAUCCGUUUGGUGAAAAUACUUGAAGAUAUACUAAGCCCUUUGAUAUUUUGAUUUGUUUUUUGAUUUUGCAGGAAAAUAAAGAAUGAUGAUUCCCUUCAGAGAGUUAACUUAACUAGAAAACUUUAGUGUAACUUCCUUUCUGGUAUACGUUUUUUAAUUUAUUGCUUGGGGGGAGGAUGUUAAUAAUUUUGCCUCCACUUCAGUAACAAGUCAGUCAAUUGAACUGUAGAUAUCUAAGUGCUGGUAACAGGUUUUUCAGCCUUUAUGAUUGUAGAGUGCAAAACCAUUUUAAUUAAAUUGUUUUCUGGAUUUACACUUGGAAAUGCUGAUCUGCAGAAUUUCUAUUCUAAGCAUAUUGAGACUUUGUGCAUUGAUUUGUUUUGGCUAUGGGGGAGACAUCCCACUUUCUAGUGACUUAAAGGUCGUUUGGUUUUAAAAUACCAAAGCUGUUGUUUCUAAAUAAAUAUCUUUCAGUCUAAUCUGA